AUGAGCCCAGACCAACCAGAAAAACAACCAAUGUUCAGCACAAACAUGGACCUAGAAACAAAAGACAACCUAAUAUCAACCGGCAAGGCCGACGCAGCCCUCGACUUCCUCCGAUCAGAAAAUCUAGCAGAGAUAUCAGAAGUUAACGAGAAAGCACUCGUGCGCAAGAUCGACUGGAUGAUCAUGCCGUUGAUGUGGGCGGCGUAUAAUCUACAGUAUUUGGAUAAGGUGCUUAUUAACUAUGCUUCGGUCAUGGGCUUGCUGAGUGAUACCAAUAUGCAUACGGAUCAAUUCUCGAAUCUAACGCUUGCGUUCUAUGUGACGUAUUUGUUUUUUGAGUUGCCUACUGGGUUUUUGAUGCAGAGAUUGCCGACUGCUAAAUAUCUGGGGUUUAAUGUUACAUUAUGGGGCCUCAUGACGACUUUGAAUUGCACAGCGAAGAAUUUCCCAGGACUGAUGGUUCUCCGCGUCUUACUUGGUUGUUUCGAGAGUGCAAUCGCACCAGCAUUGAUCCUUAUCACUUCAAUGUGGUACAAACGAGACGAACAACCCAAAAGAAUGGGAAUCUGGUACCUAGGCACAGGAACCGCCUCAAUAAUGGGCGCCCUAGUAGCCUACGGCCUCCUCUUCUACACCUCGAACACCUUCAAACCCUGGCAAAUAAUGUUCCUAAUCUUCGGCCUAAUAACCAUAGCCGUGGGAAUAAGCAUAACAAUCUUCCUGCCGGACAACCCAAUGACAUCGCGCCUAACGCACAGCGAAAAGCUCCUCGCAAUCGAACGCCUCCGCGAAAACCAAACUGGAAUCGAAAACAAGCACUUCAAACGCGGUCAGUUUAUUGAGAUCUUCACGGAUCCGCAGACUUACCUUAUUGCUGUUAUCGUCACCGCUAUGGAUGUCCCUAAUGCGGCCAUGAGUAGCUUUACUUCGCUUAUUAUUAAGAAUUUUGGGUAUACGACUAAACAGACGGAAUUGCUGAAUAUUCCUAAUGGAGCCGUUAGUAUCGUCAGUAUCCUUGCUGUAUCAUAUGCUGCAGGACGCUACAAUCAACGCUGUUUAUGUGUUGUUGCUUCUCUUUCAGCUGGAUUGCUGGGCGGAUGUUUACUCGCGUUCGCGCCGAGGUCGAACAAAUCUGCUCAGCUUGCUGGGAAUUAUUUGACACAGUGUACUGGAUCGGCAUUGCCGAUUAUGUAUUCGCUGGCUGGAGCUAAUGUGGCUGGACAUACGAAGAAGGUCUCUAUGAAUGCUGUUUUGUUGAUGGCGUUUUGUUUGGGGAAUAUUUUGGGGCCUCUUACUUUCCGGACUGAGGACGAGCCUGAUUAUGUGCCGGCUAAGAUUGCCAUUGUUGCUACGCUUGCUGUGGCUAUUGUCUUUACGUUUGGGCUUAGGGGGUAUUAUGUGUGGGAGAACUCGAGGAGGGAGAAGGCUGGUGAGGGGAGGGGGGAUGUUGAGUUUUUGGAUUUGACUGAUCGUCAGAAUAGGGGGUUUAGGUAUAAACUCUAG